AGCAACAUGGGUGAUUCCAAUUGGCAUAACUUGAGUUGAUGUACUUGAUUGGUUUAUUUGUAGAUUUCGACCAAUGAAAUGUUAGGACACAUCAUCGUUUGAUUAAUUCCAAUAUGGCUGCGCUCAUGACUUUGCGGAAACUGGGCUCCUUUCCAUUGACAAUACCAUACGUGGCAUUAAGAGGAAUUAGUACAACCUGCACAAAUGCUGCUUCUGUCAACAAGAACCGGCUACAUGUUCGUGUGGGGAGGUUUAAGCCAAGCAAGGACAAGUCGAUAGCUCUCACCUAUGAUGAGUCAAAACCACCUUACAAGAUUGGUCUUGAAAAGGCCUGGAAUUCAUGGAACACAAGCAAUCUGAAAGGUGAAACCCGGAUGAGUGAAACACUUACAGAUGAUGUUUUCAUACAGAACUUUUUGAAAGGUACCUGGGGUCUAAUGCAAGCCAGCGAUGUUGUUAUCAAGCGCCGUCACAACAUGAUACACAUAUUCAUGCACAUAUUACCAAAAAGAGAUCUACAACCCAUUUACUUUCUGCUGGGGUACUCGGAGGAGCUUCUGUCAAGUCUAUUAAAGUGUCCAGUCAAAUUAGAGCUGCAAUCUGUUCAAAAACCGCGUGAUUUGAUCUUCAAGUACAUUUAAACAUACUAACAAAUUACUAUGAGUGACAACUGUUUACAUGAAUACAUUGCCGGUACUUUAGGGUGACAAUUUAGUUGAUAAACAGCAUUUGAAGUGUUAUUAAACUGAGAAUAUGAUCUUUAUGUACAUUUAAAUAACUUGUGAAUUUUGAGUGACUUGUGGGUACAUGUAUAUAUUAUUUUAGGGUGACAUAAGUAUAUAAACACCUUUGGAAAGAUCACUAAAUACAUGUGCUACUAUCAAAACAAUAUUUGUACGCAUUUUAAUUUCAUGAUCAUCUUGCUCCCCUGAAGACUUGUAUAUUUUAUAUUCUGUCUUUUUAUGCUCCCUGCAGAAUUAAUACAGAUGUUACAAUGUCCAUAUUUAGGUUGGACAAUUAUUUUUCCAUGACAAAAAUAUGCAGUGAAAAAAAAAUCACGUUCUUUGGGUUAAAGGUCAAGGUCGCAAUUAAAGAUCAAAGGCCUUACAUUUUAGUUUCUGCUCUGUAACUUUGAAGAAAGAAUUUUAAUAUGACUUUAGAUUGUAUUCCCAAUGACCAGACAAUGUGUUGCAUGCUAUUUCCAUGGGCCUUGGUCAAUGUCAAAUUUCAAGGCCAAAGAAGGUACAAAUUUUAUUCUGCUCUGUUAGCAAUGUUAGCGUGCAAGGUCAUAAUAUAAACAUUUUUAGCUCUGCGUUUCGGAGAAAACCCGAGGUAUUGUCAUAGCCAGCUAGUCUUGUCGUCCGACGUCUGCGUCGUGCUAAAACCUUAACAUUUUGUUAAGGUUUUAAAAAUUGGCUCUAAAAUCAAAUUGCUUCCACCUACAACUUUGAAGCGAAAUAUGUAGAUGCACCUUGAUGAGUUCUACACGCCACACCCAUUUUUGGGUCACUAGGUCAAAGGUCAAGGUCACUGUUACCUUUAAAAAAAAUAAUCUGAAAGCUUUCAUUUAUUCAAAACUGCACCUGUAGCUGAGCGUGGCACCUGUUAUGUGGUGCUCUUGUUGUUAAGGAAUUCUGGUUGAAACUAGUUGUAAAUCCAUACCAAAUACAUUGUAUGUUAGGAAUUGGCUUUGCUCUUUCAGACGAGGAUUUUUAAAGAUUUUCCACAUAAAUGUCAAUAAAAAACUGGCGACUCCAGGGGUGAGGCCCAUGUUGACCCAAGAGACAUUACCUAAACAUACUUAACUUUUGUAGAGGGCCUCUAGAUGAUGAUAUGUACUACUACUAAAUAUGAAAAACGUGAGCUUUUUGUUUCAAACAAGAUUAGUGCUAAAGGUUUUUGCUAUAGAUUUUGAAGGAACUUUGAAGAGAAUCUCUUGAUGAAAGACAUACAAAUUAUGCAGCCUUUGAGCGCAAUACAAAGUUACACACUAAAAAUAAUACCUCUAGUUGAACUGGUUUCAAUCAAGAAACCUAUUGAAGUUUUCAUGUUUGAAAUCCUUUUGGGGCUUGUGAUCUAAUUAUUCAUUGAACUUGAACAAUUUAUAUAGUUUUCAUAGAGAACCACCCAGAGGUCAUUCCUGGGAGUUUUGUCAACAUUUCUGCCAAUCAGUUCAGGCAAUGUUAAUUGAAAAAACAAUUGGAAGAGGCAUGCACAUCAUGGUAUUCCAAUAGCUAAACAUGUUGCACUCAGGCAAGCUAAAAAUUCUUUCCUCUGAAGCCACACAAUUCAGAGAUUUAAUAUUUGGUUUGUAACAUCAUAAAGAGGUCCUCUUCCUACAGGAGUUUUUCUGCUAUGUAAGAAAGGCCAUAAAACUGACCCGAUCCCAAAGCAAACAGACACGAUCCCAAACCGAAAUUAUUUAAGUUCCCAAUUUCCAAAAAAUAGUUUCUUAUGACUUAUGAUUAUUAGACUGUAUAUCUCAGUUAUUUUUAGCUCCACUGGCGAAAGGCCUUUAAACAUCUAAAAUACUGGUCCAGUUCUUAUGAAAUUUCUCAGGAAUGGUCCUGGGGUGAACCUCUUUUAAAUUUGUUCAAAUUAUGCCCCUGGGGUCAAAUUUGACCCUGCCCCAGGGGUAACAAAAUUGAAAGUUUGCUCAUAUAAGGCCUAUUUGGUGAAAACUUUCAAAAUCAUCUCGUCCAUAACCAUUGGGCCAAGAGCUAUCAAAUUUGGUAUGUAGAGACAUCUAAUAGUCCUCUACCAAAUUUGUUCAAAUUAUGUCCCUGGGGUCAAAUUUGACCCUGCCCCUGGGGUCACAAAAUUGAACAUCUGCUUAUAUAGGGUCUAUUUUGUGAAAACUUUACAAAUCUCGUCCAUAACCAUUGGGCCUAGGGCUACCAAAUUUGGUAUGUAGUGGCAUCUUAUAGUCCUCUACCAAGUUUGUUCAUAUAAUGCACCUGGGGUCAAAUUUGACCCUGCCCCGAAGGGUCACAAAAUUGAACAUAUGCUUAUAUUGGGCCUAUUUUGUGCAAACUUUAAAAAUCUUCUUGUCCAUAACCAUUGGGCCUAUUUCUACCAAAUUUGGUAUGUAGUGACAUCUAAUAGUUCUCUACUUAGUUUGUUCAAAUUAUGCCCCUGGGGUCAAAUUUGACCCUGCCCUGGGAGUCACAAAACUGAACAUUUGACGUUUACCAGGGGAGAUUACUGCGGCCGUGUGGCUGUGACCAACAACAACAACAACAUCUUGUAAACAUGAGAUAAAACCCUGUCAUUUAGUGCCAUUUUAGAUCAGAUGGUGACUGCUUACAAAGGAAUUUAAGUAAGAACAUUUGUUAUGCAUGUUUUUCUUAUAAACUGAAAAAAGUCGGGUUUUAUUAAAUAUGUCGAAAGUGACCAUAUAUCCAGAUAAAAAUAUUUUGGAUGACAUGUUAAUUUCAUGUCUUUUUUGUAGUGUUUAAACCAGUUUAAUAAUAUCUUAUUGAUUUUAAAAACACAACUUCCAUGAACAUAAUUAUUUCAAGAAAAGUCAAUAUAUGAUACUGCAUGGUAAACUCAAACUUUGUAUAUACCCAAGAGAAGGUGUUGGAAUUAAUGAAGUGCGAUGUUCUUAACUAUCGUAUAUGCUGCUUUUUAAUUGCUAAUGAUUCAUUGUUCCAUUUGUGAAUUGUGACUCAUGAAUUGUGGAUAUGAUUGUGGAUAUGAUUGUCAAUUGCUCAACGAUCAUAUAUAUUUCUGACCAUUUUAUAAUUUUCUUAAUAUAAGUAUUUGAAUUGAUCUUAGAAGUCAAAUGUAUUACUUAAUAAAAUACAUUUAUAAAUAUAAAGAAAUAAUCUUUAGAUUAUCAUAAUAUUCUCAGGCCUGUUGGUCUUAGGGAUGUGUGGGUUGUUAAUUAUAUUUUGAGAUGAUUCUCUACAAAGAAAGAUGCUACUAUUGUAUUUGUUAUAAAUGUGUGAAAGGCUCUAAGAAGGAACGAACCAGAGAUUAUUACCCGGUAACCCUUUACCAAACACUAACAGGAUUUUACGGGAUUUUGUAGCUGACGACAUUAUAAAUAAUUGUGAUAAAAGGAGAAAUUGCUCAAGAUGAGCAAUUUCUCCUUUUAUAACAAUUAUUUCUACCCUACCUGACCAUUUCCUUCAUAUUCCAUUACAAUUUAAUUGUCGUCUGCAACCUCUUUCAAAUUGGGACAGUUCAAAAUGUGUCGUUUGGUAAAGGGUUAAGGCAUUUUGAUUCUUAUGGGUCUUGUGAAACUGUUAAAAAUCAAAUGCGUAGAUUUGAUCUUCAGCAUCUAAAAAUAUGUGAAAUAGAAAGAAUGACAAUAUCUUUUGGAGAGAUAAAUGUACCCAGUUAUAAGCAAAGGACCUGUGCGACAAUUCCCGGGCUUUUUAGUCUGUUUAGUUAACACAGUAGUAACGUUUUCCAUAUAUAAAAAUGCUCACCCUUCCAACUUUUAAGCGCCCAGUGGGACGAGGGAUAGAAAGUCACAUGCUUGAGUACAUUUCAACCCAUGCGCAUUGCACGCUUUUUUCGCAUAAAAAAACAGUGGAGAAAUACAGAGCCAUCAUGGCCCUCUUGUUUUAAAACAACCUACAAAAUAUAUAACCAUAAUUUAUAUGAUUUUUAUCCAAAAUGGCCAGGAAAAUGUCAAUAAGUGUAGAAAAAAAUCCCAAUUUUGUCCUUUUUGUCGAUAAAAAAUUCCCAAAUUUACCACUUUUAUCGAUUAAAAAAAUCCCAAUUUGACCAGACUCCUUUUCCCAAAAUGGCGGGAAAAAACCCUGUCCUAGUUUGCUCAUAUCAUUUCAUAAUGGCCACACUUCAUAUCAAGUGGACUUUGAAAAUCUUUGACAGCUCACGUGUGAAACUAGCAGUGGUAUAAAACACAGCUUUUGAGGCUACUUAUGACAAUGGGGGCAAAAUUUAAAGAUAUGUGGCUAAGCAAGUCUAUUUAAAACAUUUCACAACACUGGUAUAGCCAAUAUUUACCCCCGCGUCAUAAUUAUACAAACCUAGUAGAAGACAAAUAUCCGAUAUAACAUUCCAAAUAUUACAACUAUGAACCUUGCUCCUUUUUAGAAGCAAAUUUGUUGUAGUUAUUUAGGUAAUAAAGCCUAUAUAAACAAGUUA